AUGGCUACUAUUGUUGAUGAUUCUGCUACAGAAAUUAAUGUAGUUAUUAUUGGAGAGACAGGCACUGGUAAAUCAACUUUAAUUAAUUAUUUAACAAAUCUAUUUUAUGAUGGUUCAUUAACAAAUCUUAAAAUAGCUAUACCAACACGUUACUUAAAAGCUAAUAUGUCUUCAAUAAUGCCUGAACAUCAUGAAAAUUUUUUAGAUGAUGUCACACGUUGUAAAACAAGUCAAUGUACAAAAUAUCAAUUUAAAAUUCAACAAGUGUAUUUUAAUUUCUUUGAUACACCUGGUAUUAAUGAUACAGGUGGUUAUUUAGUUGAUAAUGAAAAUCUUAAUAAAAUAUUUGAAUGUAUACAAUCAUUUGAAUAUCUUACAGCAUUAGUGCUUGUUUUAAAUGGUACACAAGCACGUUUAACAAUUAAUAUUCAAAAUGUUCUUGAACGUUUUCAUGAUCGUAUACCUAAUAUAUUUUAUUCAAAUAUAAUUCUUAUUUUAACUAAUUGUACUUCACAUACAGUUAAUUUUGAAUCUAUUAAAUUUUUAAAUCAUCCACCAAUGUUUUAUAUGCAAAAUUCAGCAUUUUCAUCGGAUCCUCAAACAUGGUCAGAACAAACUCAUCAAAUUUUAUAUCAUGAUUGGAAUAUAUCAAUACAAACAAUGAAUGAUUUUAUUAAAACUUUAGUAUUAUUAACACCUAUUUCAACAAAUUCUUUAUUCAAUAUAAAUAAUGAUCGAAAUAUUAUUCGAAGUGUCUUACAUGAAAGUCGUCUUAUGAUUAUGGAAUUACAACAAAUUGAAGAUGAAUUAAUUGCACUUGAACAAGCAUCAAAUAUUUAUUCAGAAAAUCUUGAAAAAUAUACAAUAGAAAAUGAUAAACAAAUAAAAAGUGUUCUUGUAAAUGAAAUCACUACUACACCAUAUCAUAAUACAAUAUGUUUACAAUGUAAUAUAGUUUGUCAUGAACGAUGUUCAUUAACCGAAACUACACAAAUUGGUGAACAUGUUUUUCGACAUUGUACAGCUAUGAAGAAUGGUCGAUGUACAGUAUGCCCUGAUAGAUGUUCAUGUGAUAUGCAUUAUCAUGAUCGACGCUUGAUAAAAUGUGUUCCAACAACAUUAAAAUGUGCUAUAUCAUCAUUACCAAAUAAAUAUAGUGAUGCAGAAAAAAAUAAAGCAGCAUGUGAUAUAAAAUGUAAAACUGUUCAAGAAACAAAACGUUUAAUUGAACAAUUAUUACAAGAACAAUGUAACAAAGUACAUGAUGCUUGUAUACGUGUACAAAGUAAUUGUGAAGGUUUUAAUAUUGCAGAAGAAUUAUAUACAUUUAUUAAUCUUCUUAAAAAUGAUUUGAAUAAAUUACGAUCACCAAUAGUAAUUCAUAAAGCAACAAAAUUUAUUGAAAAAUUAGAAAUAUUAGCUAAUGAUAAUUCAUUAAUGAUACCUCGACGAUCACAUACAAAUGUAACUAAAAAGAAAAUACGAACAUCAAAAAAAAGACACCAAUCACAAUUGACAUCAACAAUACAAAAUGAUGAUUUAAUGAUAAUCGAUCAACCAUCUGUUUCAACAUUGAUAACACAAAUUGAUCAUAUACCUACUGAAGUUUUAUUAUUCGAAGAUAAUUUAUUUAAUCGUAUUCAAAGUUCUCAACGACAAACAUCAAAUAUUUCAAAUAGUCGAAAAUAUACUAAAUAUACAACAGAACAAUUGAUUGAUAUAACUCGUCAAUCAAUGGAGAAAAAUAUAUUAAUUGCAAAAGAACUAAAUCGUCGUUGUGAAGCAGCUUCAAUUGGUUAUUUAUCAGCAACACAAUUAUUAACAUUAUGUGAAUAUUAUGCAUCAUGUCGUCUUUUAAGACCCGAUGAACUUACUCAUUUAUAUUCACAACUUCAAUUAGACAUACAACAAUCAACUAAUUCUAAUGCAUCUGAAAAUUUUACUACGCCAGUAGACAAAUUGUUAUAUUUAACUGCAAUUAAAUUGUGUUUAGAACAUGCAGAUAAAUAUCAAUAA